ACAAAGUCCUUGGCAGCAGCUAAUAUAAUAGUUAAGGUAGCUAUGAUCGAGAACAUGCAUGGCAUGCUAUCUAUGGCAGUUAAGCAGGGUGGAAGCGCUGCAUGCAGGCGUGGCAGGUGAUCUCGAGCGCGGCGGCGGAGCCGGCGGCGAUCCGGCGCGCCGCCAUGGCCUUGACGCGCUCCACCUUCUCGACCUCGCCGCGGGCGCGCUCCCAGAUGGCCCGCGCCCGCGCGAACUCCCGCUCCGCCAGCUCCAGCUCCCGCCGCGCCAGCUCCAUCACGCGCUCCGCGUACGCCCGCUCCGCCGACGCCAUCCGGGCCUGCUCCGCCGUGUGCCGCUUCAGCGCCUGCACGUCCGCCGCCGCCUUCUUGCUCUGGUCAGCGGAGGCCGCUGGCGGCGGAGCCGGAGGCGGCGAUGGCUGUGGUGCGGGUGGUGGUGGUCCAAUGCUGAUGGACAGGCUCAGGUCCAGCUGCGGGUGGUCGGAGGUGGUGGCCGGCGGCCGAGGGGCGUGGAAGGCGGCGUCGAGGGGAGUGGUUGUGGGGAGGAGGAGAAGCUGGAGCUCCCUCUCGCCGCGAUGGGGCUCCAUGGCCGCUGAGAAGAGCGGAGUGAGCAUGGCAGGGGGUGUGGUGUGGCCUUACUGUCCUGGGCUUGUGCUUGGUGAUGCGGGUGCCGUGGUAGUAUGAAUCUUUAUACGAUAACGUGGCGGUUGAUUU